AUGGCCUAUUCGACUACUAACAAAAUAACUCUCAAUCAGAAGAAUUCAUUAUUUAAUAUUGAACUCUAUCAAUGUAAUACUAAGUUUAAUACGACUGCAACCGUUUCUAAUGAAGAGAUAAUGAAGAAUUUGAUCGAUUCAUGUAAAUUCAAUUGUUGCACAUCGAAUCAUUCGAAUAAAACAACAUCUUCCAACGUAUGCCAAGUUACUGUCCGAUCGUCUUCAAAUGUUUGUCUCGGUCGUUUGUGCUACUCAGGUCAAUGUGAACAGUAUAAAAUAUUAGCUAAUAUGCUCAAAAAUUCGAAACAAAUGAAUAAAACCUUGGCGAUCAAUGAGAUUCGUUCAUCAUUCGGUACGAUUUUCUGGUCGUCCAUAGUGAACUCAACCCAAAUCAAAUGGACAUCAUGGAUCGACCGAACAAGUGGAACAAUUCGCUAUACAAUUCUCAUUUCUCUGCUAAUUGUAGGUAUUUCUUUAACUUUUGCAACAAUGAUGUUGAUUUUGAAAUCCAUUCGACAAUCGGUUAUGAUUUCCGACCGAAGAGCGUACCGUUACACACUCCUAUCAUGA